CAGCAACCUAAAAGAGGGAAGCAAAAACCACGACCCCCAACAACUCACAAGCAUCUCCCAACUUCCACAGCCACCUUCAGCCUUCUCCAACUGCUCAACCUUAACCAUGUCCUCAUUCUCCAACUCUCCUCGGACGGAGGACUUCAUUGCCACCUAUACCGUACUGAUACACGAAGCUGAAUCAUUCACCUCCUUCUUCAAGAAACGAUGCGAGAUCGAAGACGACUAUCAAUCUCAACUAUCUAGACUCGUCUCCCGGCAGCAUGAUAUCGACCGCAAGCUGGCUUCAGAAUAUCCAGAUGGACUCAUCAUCCCUCAAACCGCACGCGAAGCCUGGCAGGAGAUGUGUGCCAACGUCUCCCAGGAAUCUCAGAUCAGAAAGAAUUGGAUCAAGCUCAUCAGGCAGAAUGUGAUCGAACCACUAGAACGCUUCAAAUCUGGCAAGGAACGCACUCUAAACCGGAUCAGGGAAGAACUCAGGAGUAGUAUCAACGAACACAAGGAAUACCUCUCAACCGUCCAUCGACUCAAGAAGAACUACGAUCGAAAGUGCGAGGAAGUCGCCCAGUUUCAUGCCAUGACCGAGGCUGUCGAAGUUCGGGAUAAACUAAUCGAGGAGCAACGCAACAAUGCUCACUCAGACUGGGAACACAUCUCAUCCAAACCACCCCCACCCACCUCAAGCUCAACUCACUCACUCGAUCACUCAACCGGCUCGGUCUCAAUCCCCGCUACCCCUCCCUCCGGUCGACCUUCGAGCGAUAAUGCUACUACUACCACCACCACUCAAGCUCCUAGGCAAGCCGUCAUCAUCUCAGGGGCCACAUCCAGCGCACUCCGUGAUACCGUCACCCCGCCACCCGCCAAUCCCAUCCAAGCCAAGGGCACCGACGUCCUCCAUGCACUCCGAGCUAACACCAAUAACCUCAUCCAACGUCUCAACUCUCGCAAGGACAGCAAGUCCGGCACACCAGCUAUGAACCACAUCGAGGAUAUCAUCCGUCCAACCGCACUCCGUGGGGUCAAAGUUAAGAGGGAGGCUGAGGAGGCCGACCGAGAUUACCGCAAGGGUAUCUUCCAUCUAGAAACACUCCGACUACGAAAGGAACAAGUCAUCCGUGGAGCCAGGCGGGCUACUGAAGAGAUGGUCUAUGAGAUGUCCGGGGAAGCCAAGGAGUCAUUCUCUUACUACAACGAUGAGACUCGAAUUCAAGCCGUUUCAUGGAUAUCGAUUUGUGAUCAUGCCCAGCACUUGGUAAUGAAAGUCAAUCCGGAUGCAGACAUGAGACAAUACACGGAUUCGACCCUGCACGAAUACGAAGAACCUAAAGUGUUGUAUGAGAAUGCAUUCAUUGGACCCUGUAAAAGCUUAUUAUUUGGGGUAGCUAUCAACGAUUACUGCGCUAGCAAUCCCGGAAAAGGUUCGGUGCCGUUGAUAGUCAGGAUGUGCAUCGAAGAAAUCGACCGGAACGGCUUGAAACAGGAGGGCAUCUAUCGGGUCUCCGGUAAAAUGCACAGCGUGAUCCAAUUGGUUCAUGAGAUUGAGAAGGAUGAGGAUACUUUCAAGUUUGAUCCAGAGCGGCACGAGAUAUACACGAUCUCAGGAGUCUUGAAACUAUACCUACGUCAAUUACCCCAAGCACUGUUUCCAUUCUCGCUCGUCGAGCGGGUCAGUCUCUCCCAACAACUUGAAGAAUCACGUGAAGAAGCCUUCAGGUUGUUGUCCAAACGAAUCCGCAGGCUGCCCCCGGCCCAUCAAGCCACCCUGAAACUACUCUGCGAACAUCUCCACCGGGUCGCUAGUUUCUCGUCUGUGAAUAAGAUGACCCCAAGUAAUCUAGGCUUGGUCUUCUCCCCCGUCGUCUUUCUCGACGACCCUGCUGGCCAACAGCUGCCAACGCAAAGCUGGAAGGAUGAUAUCAUGGAAAUCUUGAUCGAGCACCACGACGAACUCUUUGAUGGACUGCCGGUAGCCGAGUCGUCCAGCCUCGAACGAAGCCGAUCCCAACAGAGCGUGAGCCGAAACCGGACAAUCUCACCCUCGGCACGCAAGUCACUCGAGGCGGUUCGCUACGAAAGCUACUCGAUCUCGGGCUCGCCUCAGAUCUCUCCCAGUCCGUCCCAGUCCCGUUCCCAAGACGCGAUCGAAAUCAUUUCCUUAGCCGACCAGGUGUCUUCUGAUACAUCCGCCACUCAAUCUCAGCCCCCCGGAGGCUCUCCUAACCCAUGCCCCCUCCCCCCUCCUGCCCUUGACAGCUCUCCAGCUAUCGAGCCUACAACCGCGAUUACCAAUCCUCCAAAGCGAACAUUCUCGAUCAGGAGAAAAAACCAUCGUCCUUCUCUUGACACUAACAACUAAUGCUUUCUUUGCUACUGAUAUCACUUUUACUGGUGCUCUAACCCACCUGAUCCCCCGUCAAUCCUUGAUUUUACAAAAAAACAGAAAUAGAACACAUCAACUAUCAAGUGAUUCUUUGUCGUGUAUCAAAUAUAUGGUCUUUUUGACUCUCUCUUACAAUCAAAAAACAAAACACGCAUCCACACAGAAAAAAACUAAAAUAAACUCUAUCUGAAUUCAUUUCCUCCGUUCUCCCUCCUUUUUCUUUGGUCAAAUCGUGAAAGUUAGUUCGGAUCAUCAAUUCCC